GAACUUGUUCCGUUCGCCAUGCGUGCCGUCCGGUGCAAGGUUUUUGCAAGCGUUUUGAGUUUCCGAAGACGGAGGUCGAUCGGAACGAGUGGGCUUUAGCGUGCAAAUUGCAGUUGCCCUUGCCUUCAACUAUAAAGCUAUUUAUUUGCGAACGUCAUUUUGAUAAGAAAUUUAUUUCAACCAAGCGGUUGUUGCGUGGUGCUUUUCCGGUCUUCCACCUAACUGAAGAUCAGAAAGGAAAAACAGAAAUUCAAGACAAUAGCGUCUCCUCCCAGUGGGUUAUGCAACCCGUGACGCGCACAUACUGCGAACCAGUUCAAGCAUUAGAGACCGACCUAACUUUCGAGGAAUUCGCCCUCUUUUCAGACGUAAAAUAUUCAAACAAAAACAAGUAUUCAGAACAACAAAGCCCCCAGAUUAUUCAAAAAAAGAAGACGCAUUCUGUAGCAGAAAAUAUUGCCUCAGAUAUGCCUCAAAAAGAGGAACCUAUUUUCGCUGAGGAACGUCACGCACAAAUAUGUAGAGCUUACCAGAAGCGUGAAAUUAAACAAAUGGAUCAAAUAAAAGAUCUUGAAGCACAAAUUGCAUUACUUUCGAAAAAGUAUAAAGAUUUAGAGAAACGAGCUAUUAUUGCCUCAAAGCAA